CCUCUUGCUGCUGCUCGUGCUCCUCCCUCGCUCACCUCAGCGAUGUCCGCGAGGGGCAUGGAGUUGGCCGGAGCCUAUAAAAGCCCCUGACAAGAACCCCAGCGCCACCGCCAGCACCGGCAAGCGAGAGCAAGGCGGCACACAGCGCGCGAGCGGCGGCAGCAGCAGCACGAGCCACAGCAGACGAGGAGGAGGAACCCGGGCGCCGCUGAGCCAUCACCAUCACCAUGUCUUGGGGUUACGGCAAGGACAACGGACCUGCUCACUGGCAUGAGAACUUCCCCAUUGCCAAUGGAGAGCGGCAGUCCCCAAUCAACAUCCAGCCGAAGUCUGCCAAGUAUGAUGCCUCCUUGAAGUCCCUGAAUAUCAGUUAUGACCCAUCUGCAGCCAAAAACAUAGUGAACAAUGGGCAUUCCUUCAACGUGGAGUUUGAUGACUCUGGUGACAAAUGCGUGCUGAAAGGUGGUCCAGUUGAGGGAACUUACAAGCUGCUUCAGUUCCACAUUCAUUGGGGUUCCUGUGAAGGCCAAGGCUCUGAACACACUGUGGAUGGGGUGAAAUAUGACGCUGAGCUUCAUUUGGUUCAUUGGAACACAAAGUAUGGUAGCUCUGGUGAAGCUGUGAAACAUCCCGAUGGUCUGGCUGUUGUGGGCGUGUUUUUGAAGGUAGGAAGUGCCUGUCCUGGAAUACAGAAAGUUGUUGAUGCGCUGGACACCAUUAAACACAAGGGCAAACAGGCUGCCUUCACAAACUUUGAUCCAACCGGUCUGCUUCCUGCCUCCCGUGAUUUCUGGACCUACCCAGGAUCACUGACCACUCCUCCUCUGCUUGAAUGUGUCACCUGGAUUGUUCUGAAGGAGCCCGUGACUGUCAGCAAGGAACAGAUGGACAAGCUCCGCUGCCUUUGCUUCAGUUGCGAGGGCGAGUCCCACUGUGCCAUGGUGGACAACUGGCGCCCUUGCCAGCCCUUGAAGACCAGGGAAGUUAGAGCCUCAUUCCAAUAAGCUGUGCCCAUUAAACAUUGCUGUGUCCUUGA